AUGUCGCGCCAUCGAGAGCGGGACGGUUUCGUCGGGAGAUUCGGCGUUUGGAUGCUACGUGGUUACGUACACGGUAGGGAGUGUGAGGAUGAGGAUGGGGAUGAGGAUGUACUGCCCAGCCUCAGCUGUGAGAAUGUGGGAAUGACAGUCCCUCGAGGAGAUGAAGACAUCCAUUCAGCCAUCGCACCAUCGCCAUUCACCACCACGAACGAGAGAGAGAGAGAGAAACACGAACGCCGCCCAAAGGAGACCGAAUCGAAACACCCCGCCACCGCACUCCCCGCAUCCGGCAAGAGAGCACACGACACCGACUCACUGCACCCAAAGAUCCCACGUCUCAGGAACUCAGAGAAGAGGAGAGAAGAGGGGAAUAGGAAAGUGAGCACACGACCGAUGAUGCAAGGAAAAGAGUUUGACACAUGUACUGUAUAUAUGUAUCGAAAGUUUGUAGACGAGGAACAGGAUGUACCGGUGGUACUGGCCGUUGGAACGCACAGGUUUCACGGAAGUUUGGUUCGACGAAGGGGAGAUCUGCAGAAGCCGUGGAACUCCACGUCCCGCGCCGACGGAUGGAAGAGGAUGUUGUGUAAGGUAGAGACACCUUCUCUUUCGGUCGGUGGAAAAAGUAGUCGGUCAGUCAUGGUGAUGUAUUGUCGCUUGGAGGCGAGUAAGAUGUAG